GGCUGUGUUGAGGUGACGUGGGGGGAGGCGGACGCGACGCGCGGAGGGCUUGGAAGCUGCUGUUUUGCUUCGCGGGUUUCAAAGGCCGCCGGGGGCCGUGUGUCCCUCCACCGCGAUCCUGUCCGAGUGCUCGGAUGGCCCAGCCUUACUACCCUCCCUUAGUGUUGGCCUUGGACCACUCCAUGCCCCUCCCACACACCGUGUCUUUAGGGUCGCCCCUCGUGUGCUUCCACCUCCAGCCCCAAAGCCCAUUGGCGUCUCCAAACCCAGCUCCCGACCUUCAGGAAGCUAUACCCUGACUCCUCGAGCUUUCCCCUGCCCUCUCCACUCAGCCUCUUUGGACACUGCUGCAGCCUUUGUCCCCUCUCCCUGACCACUUCAGAUUCUCUGGCUCCUUUGAGGUUCCAUCUCUGACCUGCUAUGUAGCUCCCACCACAGCUCGGCCUGUCCCUUCUAAUCCAGGCUCUCGUCCUUCAUCAUCUGCGAUCGCCAAGCUUCAACUUCUUGCCUCGUUCUUAGAACUGGACCCUCCUCUGCACUGCUGCUCCCGGCUGUGCUGCUGAGCUCCUAGGAUGAAAACCCAGUAUACCCUAGGUCUCUUCUCCUCCAGAUCUUUGAGAUGCAAUGGAAAUAUGACUUUGUAUUUUAGCUGCAUUGCCUUUUCAGUCAGCAAUAGACCCCCUGUCGCUGCCAGUCUUGGUCUUGGUCAUCUGUCCAUCUUGGAAGUCAUAGAUCAAGUAUCACUUCUUCCAUGAAGCUGCUUUCCUGCCCUCUUCAGAGAAGUGCCUGUGCGUCCUAACUGCUGUAGCACCUUUUCGCUUCUUUCGUCCUUGUCUCCCUCCGGUAGUAGUGUAAUGAUUAAAAACCUCAGCUUUGGAGAGAUGAACAGAGGCUUCGGUUUUUGCUGUGUGCUCUUGGGCAAGUGACUUAGUUUCUCUGAGUUUCAGUUUCAUCAUUUCUACAAUAAGUAUGGAAAAUGAGUAGGUGAGCCAGAUGUAGUGGCACCUGCCUUCCAUCCUAGCAUUCCGGUGGCAGGGGUGUGAAAUGAAUUGAGACGAGGCAUGGGGAGUGCUCAGCCCUAGGUCUAGUGCUUUGCAGGGCCUUUAAAAAGGUUAACUACUCCUGACUGCUGGGUAAUGCACCAUGUGCGGUGCUGGGCCGGGAAGAGCGGUGUGCACUGUCUGUCCCCUGGAACUUCACCUUCUGUGUUGUGUUCAGGCUUAGUCACCAGUGUCUUUACCUGCUGAGUCGUUUCUUUUUCCAGCUCAGUUAAAAAAUGUAUUAUACGUAUGUGUGUGCACCUGAUUAUACAUACAUACACAUGCACACACAUAUAUAUAUAUGUAUAUAUAUAUAUAUAUAUAUACCACAUACGUGCAGGUGCCUCAGGAGACCAGGAUAGGGCAUCAGAUCCCCUGGAGCUGGAACUACAGGCAUUUGUGAGAUACGUGAUGUGGGUACUGGGGAUUGAAUCCCGGUCCUCUGGAGAAGCAGCAAGUGCCCUUAACCACCUAAGCCAACUCUCCAGCCCCAUCUCAGUCUAUUAAAAAAAAAAAAAAUUAGUGGAGGCUGCAUAGCUUCUCCUAAAGUUGUAGGCAGAGUCAACAGGGGCAGACAUUACAGUCCACAUCCAUUUCUUUUCUCACUCAGAAAAACAAUUGAACACCCAGCCAUGUGCUGUGGAAAGUUACUGCAAUGACCCAGUCCCUUAAGUUGCUUAUAAAUGAUAAUUGAGAACAGAUGUGUGAAAAAGUAGUUAUGCAAACAAGCACAGCAUCCUGUUACAAAGGAGAAACUGGCACAAAUCAAAAGAUUCCUAAGGAACCUUAGCAGUGAGUGAGAGAAGACACAGGAAGGCAUGACAGGCAUUCUGGAUAUACUUCUGCGUGUGUUGGAGGACACGUAUAUUCUAUGUGGCUAUAUCUGCUAUGGAUGUGGUCUCUGUGGCUGAUGUCGGGAUGCUGGCUGCCUGUGUGCUGUGAAUGCAUGUGGUAUGUAUAGCUGAUGUCAGGGUGUUUAGUUACGUAUGUGGUGUGACAGGAUGUAGCUGAAUGUGUUUGGGGUGGGCAUAGCUUAAGAACGCAGCUGCGUAUAUACGAACCCGUGUGGUGUUUUUGCAGCAGUUGACUCUGAUCUACAAUGGCACACAGAGCUCAAGCUCUGAAGUAGGUCUUGUUUACCGGUUGGUAGAUGAUGGAAAGGUCUGGAAAGGAAUGGGCUGUCAGAGCAUCGGGCCUUGUAAGUAACUGCUUGUAGUUACCUAUGUUCAUCUCAGAAUCAGUGAGAAGUCAAAUUCAUCUCGAAAUGGAAGUACCUUUACUUACACAUAAACCAUAGUCUCGAGUGCCAUUGCUUAAUUCUUAGGAGCGACAUUCAUAUUGCACAUCUGUUAGUGGCGGGUAGCCUUAAAUACCUGUGAAAGUUUGUCACUUGGGAGUUAGGGAGUAAAUAAAGGCUUUUCUUUAAGUAUUCCAGUUGUUUGAGGUUAUUCGUGGAGGAGGUAUACACUGCUUCAACCAGAAGGCAAGAUUCUCUGUGCUCUGAUGGCCUGACACAAGGAAUAAGGUGUUGGACGUCUUGUGUUCAUCCUCAGGGUUCAGAGAUGGGCAGUGAGAAGGAGCCGAGUCCAGAAGCACACGUGCCUGAGGAAGGAGAAGGGGGAAAGCCAUGGAGAGUGGAUGGCUCCGAGGGUUCUCAGAUCGCAUCUGGGGAGGAAUGUGGGCAGGGGAGCCUGUCAAAGGGGCUCCGAGGAACACAUCCAAAAGAGCCGCCACUGAGAGCCCCUGCCCAAGCUGGAGGCCCCGGGGACCCCAUUACUCUCUCAAACCCGGAGGCAGAUAAGAAGCCUUUUACGUGUGCACAAUGUGGCAAGACCUUCAACAACACCUCCAACCUGAGAACACACCAGCGGACCCACACCGGCGAGAAGCCGUACAAGUGUUCCGAGUGCGGCAAGAGCUUCUCCCGAAGCUCCAACCGCAUCCGGCACGAGCGGAUACACCUGGAAGAGAAGCACUACCAAUGUGCCAAGUGUCAGGAGAGUUUCCGGCGGCGCUCGGACCUCACCACCCACCAGCAGGAUCACCUGGGCGAACGGCCGUACCGCUGUGACCUCUGUGGCAAGAGCUUCUGUCAGAGCGCCACGCUGGCCGUGCACCGCCGAACCCACCUGGAGCCAGCACCUUACAUCUGCUGCGAGUGUGGGAAGAGCUUCAGCAACAGCUCCAGCUUCGGGGUGCACCACCGCACCCACACGGGGGAGAGGCCUUACGAGUGCGCCGAGUGCGGGCGGACUUUCAGCGAUAUCUCCAACUUUGGCGCACACCAGAGAACGCAUAGAGGGGAGAAGCCGUACCGGUGCACGCUGUGCGGGAAACACUUCUCCCGCAGCUCCAACCUCAUCCGGCACCAGAAAACACACUUGGACGAGCAGGACGAGAAAGAUUCUAGCUAAACGGGAGCCCUGCUCAGAGAGUCAGGGAGUGCAUAUCGCCCACCUUGAUGGGAGAAGGAGGCCUUUAGCACCUGGACUGCAAACCCUUCACUUUGUGGAAUGGUCCCUUGUUGCCUUUGAAGUCAGGAAAUCCUGAGAAGGGGCUGAGUAAAAUCCUGCCUCUUCCCAGCAGUUCCCUGCCUUGGAAAAUGAGUGUCCCAUCUUUACUUCCUCAGGGGUGGGGGAAGUGGGAUAGGCUCAGGACAUGCUCUUGUCACUGGGGCAUCUGUCCCCUGGCUGUGGGGGUGGUACCUGAGAUGGCGUCACUGCCUGCAGGUCCUCCAAGGUGUGAGCCACACUGCAGUGGCCUGUGAGUUCCUACCUGCUGUGCCUCUUUCCUCCUCGGCUUCUAGAGCGCCAGGCUGGGAGGGCCCUCUUUGGUCUGAGAAGAGGCUAGUGGUCCUUCAGUGAAAAUGUAAAGGAAGCCUCAGGGAUCCACAAUCCAGGGACCCCCACACUCCCAUGUUUGUUACCUGUUUUCCUCACCCCACCUUGCAUCUGUCUCCUCAGUGACUGCCAGUAAAGCACUUCAAUCUAAA